GGGAGGGUCCUUUCUAUCCGGCCUGUGGCAGAAGCAAGACGAGGAGGAACGACGUUUUGCUGGGUUAAAAAAUAAAAUAAAAUAAAAUAAAAUAAAAGCAAAGCGGGUGAAGUUAAACGACAAGGAGGCACAUGCUAAGCGGAGAGCACGGAUACCCUCUUCAGGUUUGUUUUUUGGAGGGUAAAUCCUUACCGGGGGAGGCAGGGGAUCUCUGCAACCAGCGACAGGAUGGUGGAGUCAGAGAAUUUCGAUGUGACCGUGAAGACUCUGGACUCUCAGAGCCGGACCUACAGCGUUGGAGCGGAGAUCACAGUGAAGGAGUUUAAGGAGCACAUUUCAAGCUCCGUGAGUAUCCCUGUGGAGAAACAGAGACUAAUCUACCAGGGUCGGGUACUGCAAGAUGAGAAGAAGCUGAAAGAGUACAAUGUGGAUGGAAAGGUGAUUCACCUGGUAGAGCGGGCCCCUCCUCAGACUUCACCUGGUGCGGAGACCAGUGGCCCCUCCGGACCGGGGCUCUCCACCCCUCAGGGCUCUACAGCGCCCCAUCAUGACCGUAAUGCAAACAGCUACGUCAUGUUGGGCACUUUGAACUUGCCUGUCAACCUCAUGGACCCACAGCAGAUCCAGCAUUCAGUACAGCAAGUGAUGGCAGGAUUUGGAGAGGCUGGCAGUAAUGCUAGAGUCAGCGCCAGUACAGGGAGCAAUGGGUCUUCUGUGGAUGUGCAUAUAGAUAUGGAACAGGCCAUUCAGAGUGAGCCUAGGAUGCGUCUGAUCUUGGCUCAGAAUCUGCUGAGGGACACGACGGGAGUCCUCAACCGACUGGAGGGACGUCAGAACAGUACUCAUGGCUCAGGCUCCCAGGCCUCUGAGAACCCAUCCACCCAGACCCAGCCUCCUCCUCCUCCUCCUCCUCCUCCUCCUCCUCCUCCUCCAUCGACAGGGCCUGGCUCUGAGGGUCCUGCAGAGCCCAUGGACACCGGCAUGACUGCGGCCCCCUCAGCCUCCACCUCCUCCUCCUCCUCCUCCUCCUCUUUCUCCUUCUCCUUCUCCUCAUCAUCGUCAUCCUCCACACAGACUGAAGGAGCUGCUGCUGGAACUUCCACAGGACCAAACCACCCAGCCCCGGCAGAGUUCCUGGAGGUUCUGUCUGAGCUGCGCAGACUGGAGGACAGGCUGCAGCCCUUCAUCCACCGCAGCCAGGAGAUCCUGAGCACAGCAAACAGCUCCGACUACAACAACAACACAGAGGAGCGUGAAGCGGACCAGUGCAUUCUCAACCUGGUGGGGGAGGCCCUACGUUUAAUAGGCAAUGCCUUUGUGGCUCUGUCUGACUUGCGCUGCAACCUUUCUGCUGCCACCCCCCGCCACCUGCACGUGGUGCGGCCCAUGUCUCACUACACCUCCCCUGUGAUGCUGCAGCAGGCAGGCAUCCCAAUACAGAUUAGCAUGGGCACUCCGGUAACAAUGGCAGCCAAUGGGAGACAGGCUGCUGAGGGACAGGCAGCUGCAGGUACAACCCCUGAACAGCAGAGGACAACAGAAGCACAGGCCACACCCACACAUUCACAGGUCCCGCCCUCACAACCCCAGGCCACACCCACACAAGGCCAGGCUCAUCACAACCACCCUCAAGUGAUUCGGAUCACACACCAUACCAUGGAACCAGUGGUCAUGAUGCAGAUGAACAUUGAUGAUUCGGGCACUGGGCCAGCCUCUUCUGCAGCUCCAGGACAAGGCACAGGUGGCCUACCUCAGAUGCAGAUCCCGGGUCUCCCUGCCGAGUUUAUGCAGGCCAUCGUUCACCAGAUCACCCAGCAGGCUGUUUCCAUGGCAACGGCAGCAAGCUCGGGCCAGCAGGUGCCGGGAUUCCAACCCCCCCCGGCUCGGGUGGUUAUCACGCGGCCCACUUUCACCCCCCGACCUCCUAGCAUGACCCCGCGUCCCGCCAACGUGAACCUGCGUGCGCCACAGCCAGGGCAACCCGGGGCACAGUUGCAGCAGCAGCAGCAGCAGCAGGCUGGCCCCACCCCAAACGCUUCUUUGUCCCAGAUGAUCAGUGGAUUAGUGGGGCAGCUCCUAAUGCAGCCUGUAAUAAUGAGUCAGGCAGGCGCUGCCACACCCCCCUCCAGUGGUCAGGGAGCGCCGCCCUCUUCAUCAUCUUCUGCUCCCCCCUCUUCUGCCAGCACUUCAGGCCAGACCAGCACCUCCACCACUAGCACCGCUUCCACUGGCUACCCUACCCCCACCGCCCCCCCAGAGGCUCAGCACAUCUCCCAGCUCUUGGGCUCCAUCUUAGGGGCUGGGGGUGCCAUGGGUAUGCCCCCCUCCAUCACUGUGAGCAUGCCGGGGGUGCCAGCUUUCAUGCAGGGCAUGACAGACUUCAUGCAGGCUGCCCAGCAAGUCCCUGGGCCUCCGCAGUCCUCGGAUCCACAGCAGACCCCCCCAGCUCCUUCAGCUGCCCCCCAGCAGACAGCAGCCCCACCUCCCCAACAGCAGGCAGGGGCAGGGGCAGGGGCAGGGGCAGGAGGUGCAGCUCCCGAGUCUCUGAGCCCCGAGUUCUUCACCAGUGUGGUGCAGGGGGUUCUCUCCUCGGUGAUGGGCUCUCUGGGGGCUCAGCAGGACAGCACUGAGAGCAUCGCAGACUUCAUCCAGAGACUCUCCAGCACCAGCAACAUUUUUGAACCAGGUGCUGGAGUUGCUACAGGUUUCUUUGGAGACCUGCUGUCUCUGAUCUGUCAGAACUUCUCCAUGGUGGACAUGGUGAUGCUGCUUCAUGGGCAGUUCCAGCCGCUGCAGAGGAUUCAGCCCCAGCUCCACAGCUUCUUCAGAGAGCAGUACUUGCAGGGGCAGGAGCCCACUGACACCAACAUCAGGAUGGCAAGUGAUACCCUCAUAAAUGAGCUUGAAGAACACAUCAUUGAAAGCUUUUCAUCAGUGAGUGUUAGAGAAGGAGUUGACAUCACACGGACCAAUCUUGAUUUCCUGAGGGAACAAUUCAAUCGCAUCGCUACCCACAUACUUCAGUGUGCCGACCACACAUUCGGACUUCGUCUGUUGGAGCUGUGUAACCAAGGCCUCUUUGAGUGUCUGGCCCUCAACUUGUACUGUCUAAGAGGAGAGCAGAGCGCACUCACGGCAGUCAUCAACGACAGGAUUCGCCGGAUGUCUGCGGAUGUGAACCCCUCUCUAGUGAACUGGCUGACCACCAUAAUGGGAAUAAGACUGCAGAUGAUUCUGGAGCACAUGCCUGUCACAGAGGAACAAAUCUUGCACUAUGUCAGGAACACACCGAGCGAGGCAGUUCCAGAGACUGUGACUGAGCCUUUAUCUGAGGAGAUGCCAGAGGUAAUGGAGAGAGAAACUUCUUCAGCAUCCCCAGUGCCCGCCACCACAGCAGAGGAAGCAAUGCCAUCGCCAGAGCAACCCGUUUCCAUGGGAACACAGAGGGCGGAGCCAGAAUCGGAGCCUUGGGCAGCAACCGUCCCCCCAGAGUGGGUCCCGAUUAUCCGUCAGGACCUCCAGACUCAGAGGAAGAUGAAGUCUCAGCCUCCUCUUAGCGAUGCCUACCUCUGUGGGAUGCCAGCAAAACGCCGAAAGACGGCUCAGAGCGACGGCCCGUACCCUUCGCUAUCUGAAGCUGUGAGUCGAGCAGCAAGAACGGUUGGAGCCAAGCCUAUAACCAGCCCUGAGAGUCUGCAGGGAGACCUGGACACACCUGAGCUGCAGGAAGCCUACACUAAUCAGGUGAAAUCAGACAUUCAAAAGAGACUACAGGAAGAUCCAGAAUACAGCAGGCAACGUUUUCCCAACACCCAUCAAGUAUUCAACGAGGAGUCCUAACCCAACAUUCCUUCCUCCCCCUCAGUCUGUCGGCUGAGCUUUGCUGACCUGAUCUCUCACCUCACACAGCACACCUAGACAGCAAACACUCUUCAUCUCUGCUAGGUUUUGCUGUGUGUAAAUUAUUUAAAUCGAAGAAACAACAAAAACUCAUUCUAGUGAUAAUCCUGCUUCUGACAAAGCAACGGACUGGAGAAUAAAGCUGCGAAAAUUGAGAGAGUAAAAAGUGCUCGAAGUUUUUUAUUUUUAUUUUGUUUGACAUGUUCAGAACUGCUUUUAUUGAAAUACAUUAAUAAAACACAACAUUUCUCUAAUGCAAGUUGUAUCACGCACUUUAGAACAGUAUUGAGUGUCAGGCCAUUGCAUCUAGAAGAAUUCUAAUUUUAGUACUGUGCUCUCUUCCUACUCUCCUCCAAGUAUUGGGACAAGACAAAACGCAGCUGAGCAUGGGGCAUUUGUUGUCCAUUUCACCCCACUACUAAAACCCCUUUACAUGUAAACAAAAUACCUUCGUUUCCCGGAACAGAAAUGAUCUCCUCAAAUACAUGGAGCAAGCUACCAAUGAAGAACGGUUCUCCCCAGAAAUGUUUCUUUGCAAUAGUGAGACACAGGUGGCUGGGUGAUGAUAAAUACCCCACUCUCAGUGCAUAUAGUCAUACUGAAUCCCAAUAGUUGUUGGAGGAUACUAGAAUGUAAAAUGAGUUUACUUUUCCCAGAAAUAAACCAGAAUAUGAAGGCAGUGUUUGUGGUCUUGGUCGUUCCGGUGUCUCCUUUUCAAACUCUCUCCCAAUCCAUGCAUUGUUAUUGUAACAUUAACUCUUAACCUGUGUGACAGCUGUUGGAGCUUAGAGCUCUUUGAAUCAACCACUCUGUUGUUCAAAUCAAUUUUCUACCCCCCUUAUUGGCAUUGAAAACGAUAUUGUUGUCCCUCCCUUUUAUAAAAGGCGUGCUAACCAAGGUUUUGAAAAUGUAUUUUUAUUCUUUAAAGUCCAGAAACAUUUAUCGCUUGGCUUCGUUUUUUUAUUUUUUAUUCUUUGCUCAAUUUUUUCCAUCAAUUUUUUUUUUUUUUUUUAAACUCAAUAGUGUAAAAUUUGGAAUUUUUAAAAAACAAUACAUUCUGUGACAUGUUUUUGACUGGUUUUAAUAUAAGAUUAAUGUUGUCUAAUCUCUUCUUGUGAUAUGCAAUAGGUCGCAGGGUCUUAUUGCAGUUAAACCAACCUAGUAAAUGAUGGAGGAGAUUUCUUUUUAAAGGGAGUCCACUGAAACUGUUGCAGUGCGUUUUGGGGGCUAGGUUAACACUCCUUUUACUGGUGGACCCAUAAUAUUUUUAGUGCUAUUAAGUGGCAUGAAUAUUAGACAGUUGGUUGGCGAUCCUUUUCCUGCUAUAUUGGAUAUAGUUAAAAUGUUGAAUCAAACCAUAAGAAACAUGUUGUAAAAUGAACAUUAGUUUUAGUACCAAUGUAUUGGUGUGAUUUAAUCACAAGUGUUCAGGAAAUCUUUCAAAUCGUUUCUGGUAAAGAGGCUGGGAGCAAGAAACUUCAUAGUUUUUUUUGGGGGGGGGGGUGGGGGUGGGGGUUGACCAGUCAGCAGUGGCACGGUAAGGGUUAAUGGGCUCCAAAGAGCUUUUUAUUUUUGUCGUGUGUUUUUUGUCUUUUUAUGUUAGUGUUUUUAAAUUCUUCUAAACCUGUUUUUGUUGUUAUCACAGGAGAAAACAAUUCAACUGCUAGCUGUAUGUAACAUGUUGGCUACACUAUUUCAUUAAAUAAUUAUAACCA